CUUUCAAUCUAUUAAUAGGAUAGCAUUGCACAAAUAUGGACAGAAAUCCUUCACCCCCCUCAAGUGAUUCAGAGGAAGAAGAAGUGGCUGCUGGAAAUUCCAUUGGAAAUACAGUUUACAGCAAACACUGGCUGAUUAGUGUGCUUGAAAAAUUAAUUGAGGAUACUUCAAAACUGAACAAUGAAGAAGAACAAAUGGAACUAGAUGAAGAGAUGGAGAAUGAUAUUUGCAAAGUAUGGGACAUGUCAAUGGAUAAGGACGUUGCUUUAUUUUUACAAGAGUUUAAAGCCCCUGACAUAUUUAUGGUUUUUCUUGCAAAGUCCAAGUGUCCUCGACUUACUGAAAUCUGUGUAGGUAUUCUGGGAAAUAUGGCCUGCUGCCAAGAUAUAUGCAUAUCUGUUAGUAAAGAUGAGAACCUGGGACAGAUAGUGCUUCAUCGUUUAUGUGAUUCUGAUUCCCCAACUCUGCUUGAAACAAGCAG